AUAUUCCCCUCCCACUUAAAAGCUCCAAAUUUUGACGAAAAAACAGCAGAAGAUUUGGGGGGAUCGAGCUUCUUCUCUUCUCUCUCCACAAAGAAAGAGAGCAAGCUAGAGAGAGAGAGAGAGAGAGAGAGAGAGAGAUGUCAACUCCAGCAAGAAAGAGGCUGAUGAGGGAUUUCAAGAGGAUGCAGCAGGAUCCUCCCGCUGGCAUCAGUGGAGCUCCGCACGACAACAACAUCGUGCUGUGGAACGCAGUUAUUUUUGGACCCGAUGAGACUCCAUGGGAUGGAGGUACGUUUAAAUUGACGCUGCAGUUCACGGAGGAUUAUCCUAAUAAGCCUCCAACGGUUCGGUUUGUUUCACGAAUGUUCCAUCCAAACAUAUACGCAGAUGGAAGCAUAUGCCUGGAUAUUUUACAGAAUCAAUGGAGUCCUAUUUAUGAUGUUGCAGCAAUAUUGACAUCAAUUCAGUCUCUUCUCUGUGACCCAAAUCCAAACUCCCCAGCAAAUUCUGAGGCUGCUCGAAUGUUCAGCGAGAACAAGCGAGCAUACAACCGAAAAGUUCGUGAGAUAGUUGAGCAGAGUUGGACGGCUGACUAAAAUGCGAGGAAGAAUAACUUGGCCUUUCCAUAGGCGAAAAUGUUGUAUCUAUGGAGACUUAUAUUUUACUUUGUUACUUUCCAUAGGCGAAAAUGUUGUAUCUAUGGAGACUUAUAUUUUACUUUGUUAUGAAAUAUUUCCUUGCUUUUUUU